AUGUCGAAACAAGCAUUUGAAGAAGCAAACGAAGUCUUUGUUGAUGAUAGAUAUGAAGAAGCAUAUGAACUUUACACCAAAGCUCUUACAAAUGAUGAUAAAACCGAUAGCCAUUUUACUUCUAAGGUUUUAUCAGCACGUGCUCAAUGUGCAUUGAAAUUAAAAACAUUUUCUGAUGCUUUAAAUGAUAGCAACAAUGCUAUCCAAUUAGAUGAGAACAAUAUCAAAGCAUAUCUUCGUAAAGGUAUAGCAUUAUAUCAUCAAAAUUUAAAAGAAGAAGCACUGAAAACAUUCAUUCGUGGUCUUGAAAUUGAUUCUGCUAAUGAUCAAUUGAAAGUAUGGAAAGAAAAGUGUGAAAAAGAAUUUGAAGAAAAAAAACAAUCCAUUGCAGCUACUGUUGACAAGGAAAAGCCCUCAGCUAUAGUUAAUACUGAGAAAGAAAAACUCGCAGCUGCUGCUGUUCCGGCUACACCAAUUCCAGCUAAAAUUAAACAUUCAUUCUAUCAAAACGAAAGUGCUGUUACUAUACAAAUACCAAUUAAGGGUCUGAAAAAAGAACAAGUUCAAGUUCAAACUACUGAUACAACUUUGAAUGUUGGAACAAAAAUACCUGCAACAGGCACUGAUUAUUCACUAGAACUUGAUCUUGCUUUUUCUAUUGAUUCAUCACGUACGAACUAUAAUGUAACUGGUUCAAAUAUUGAAAUUAAGUUGUACAAACGACAGGCUAUUCAAUGGACUUCAUUAGAUGCAAAAUCAUCAGCUGGGAAAACGCAACCGCCAAUUCCAAUGUGUCAGGCGGUUACAGCUAAAGCUCCAACUUAUCCAUCAUCAAGCCAGCGAGCUAAAAAUUGGGACCAGAUUGAAGCACAAAUUAAGAAAGAUGAAAAGGAUAAUAAAGAAGAUAUGGGCGAUGCGAAUACCAUAUUUCAACAGCUUUAUCGAGAUAGCGACGAGAAUACUCGUCGAGCUAUGAAUAAAUCAAUGGCUGAAUCUGGUGGUACGUGUUUAAAUAUGAAUUGGGAAGAAGUAAAAAAAGGAAAAAUUUCCUGCGAACCACCCGAUGGUAUGGAAUGGAAAAAAUAUGAUUCGUAA